AUGUACCGCCAGAUUGCUCUCGAUCGACGCGACUGCAAUUAUCAGCGCAUUCUCUGGAAUCGGUCGCUUAACAACGCACCUUUGGAUUAUCAACUUCGUACCGUCACAUAUGGGCUGACUUGCGCUCCAUUCUUAGCUCUUUGUGUCAUUAAACAAUUAGUCGCAGACGAAGGGUCCUCAUUUUUUUUGGCGAUUCCGGUCCUUCGCGACAGUCUUUACGUCGACGACGUGCUGUUCGGGGACGAUGACGAGUCCCAUGUUAGGCAGAUUCAUCAUCAAGUAGUCUCGCUGUUUCGACAGGGUCGUUUUGAAUUAAGAAAGUGGACUAGUAAUUCGACUGAUCUCCUGUCGGACAUUGACGCGAGCGACCACGGGUUAGCCUGCUCCAAGGAACUGGGAGCUAAUGAAAAGAUCAAGCUCCUGGGAAUCAAAUGGAAUCCGUCCCUCGACGUAUUCCAGAUAGACGUCUCACCCUCUGCUCCCGCUUCCGACAGUAAAAGAUCCAUUCUUUCCACAAUCGCCAAACUGUACGAUCCGUUAGGGUGGCUAACCCCCAUCACUGUUGCGGCCAAAAUUUUAAUGCAGGCGUUAUGGCGCGAAAAAUCAGAAUGGGACGAUCCGGUUCCUUCGCGACUUCAAUCACGGUGGAACCUCAUCUACUCGGGCCUUGAAGUUUUACGCAGCAUCACAAUUCCCCGAUGGCUCAGAUUGGAUGCAAAUGUUUUUAAAGCGGAACUUCACGGGUUUUCCGACGCGUCCACUCAGGCGUAUGCAGCGGUGAUCUAUCUAAGGGUGAUUACCAAUUCAGGCACGACGAGAAUAACUUCGUGCUUCUGCUGGACGGACUCGUCGAUCGUGUUAUCGUGGCUUAAGCACCACCCAUCGCAGUGGAAAACGUUUGUUGCUAACCGAGUCGCCGAGGUGCAGGCACGGUUGUCCACCGCUGAGUGGCGAUACGUUCCCACGGAGGACAAUCCCGCGGACUGUGCCUCUCGGGGUUUAAUAGGGAAGGAGCUGCUGGCUCACUCGUUAUGGUGGCAGGGCCUUUCGUGGUUGUCGCGCUCUGAGCUCCACUGGCCAAAGUCUCCAUCAUUUGUCGACGACAAGCCGCUGCCGGAAGCAAAGGACGCCCUGUCGCUCUAA